AAGAAGAGAAGGAAAAGGAGCAGCUUCAGAAGUUUGUUGCUGAACAGAUCAGUGAUGGAGGGAAGCUUGUGCAGCAAUCAUGAGGCUGAAGGCUAGUGAGGGGGCGGAACUUCCAGCGUGCAGGAGCUCCUCACAUCCUCUGCAUCACCAAAGAAAAGUCAGAGUCCCCGCUGCGGGGUUGGCAGCCAUGAUGGCAUCCAUCAGGGGAACAGGAAAUAUCAGCCUGUUGGGGUUUCUCUUGGGUGUAUUCCUGGUUCAUCCUGAAGGGGCAGUUUCUCUGGAGCUGCUGCCAUCCGCCUCUGAAGUUCUGGUCCCCUCUAACUCCAAUUACACAGUGGAGUGUUUGGGGUGGAGUGAGGUGAAGUGGCAUUUUCCUCAGGACCCGCCAGUAGAUGGAGUCCUCUUGGACAAUCGAGGCUCCAUGAGCAUCCUGCAUCUCUUUAACAUCACAUGGAGGAAUUCUGGGAGAUACACCUGUGAGGAGCCAUCAUCUGAUCAGAGCAGAAAUGUUGAUGUCUUUAUACCUGGACAAGGUCCUGAUGAAUGGUUUGUCCCAUUGGAUCUGGGUGUGGUGAUGAAGGAGGGAGAGGAAGGCACAAUUCCCUGCAUGGUGUCCAACCCGAACCUCAAUGUCUCGCUGUACGAGCGCCCCAGCAGGAGGCUGAUAAGCGGGAUGACAUAUGAGCCGGGGCGUGGCUUCACGGGUCACCUCAAUGACACAUCAUACAUGUGCAUCGCCACAAACGGAGCUGAGGAGAAGGAGUCGCAGACGUACUACGUCUUCAGCAUUAUAGUCCCAAAGGUAAUGGAAGUGGACCUGACGGUGUCCAGCAGUGUGCUGAAGCAGGGCGAGGUCCUCACAGUAAACUGCACAGUUAGAGACACAGAGAUGGUGUUCUUCUCCUGGGGCUUCCCCCGCAGACAGGAAAUUGAGCCGCUGACGGACUUCUUGCCCAAUCAGAUCCGCUCCUUUGUUAACAUCACUGCAGCAACAGUGGCAGAUUCAGGUGUUUAUAGCUGCACGGUGCAGGAGACAACACAGGGACAAACUGUGAUGAAAAAUAUCACAAUAACAGUGCUGGACCGAGGUUAUGUUUACCUGUGGCCCUUAGGUGAGACCAAUGUGUCAUCUCUUCUCCAUCACACGCUGGAAUUAAGUGUAGAUAUUGACGCCCACCCCGCCCCCACCAUCAUCUGGACGAGACAGAACCAAUCUGUUGCCACAGAAACCACUACUAUCAACACCACACACCUGUCAGACAGCCGGUAUGUGAGCACACUGACGCUGGUGCGCGUGCAGAUGGAUCAGACAGGAAGUUACACCGCAACUAUUUCCAAUGAUGACGACAUCAGAGAGGCUACAUUCAACCUGGAGGUACAAGGUGAGCCACAUGUAACGAGUGUAUUUUGUGAGCUGAGGAGUAACAUUAUCACAUGACCUCAGGCUCCGCCUCCUAGCAGACCAUGGUGAUCCUGUCCUUUAACCUACUGCAGAUGCAAUCAUUUGAAUGGCGAGUGGAGGAGCCAAUCAAAAGACUCAGAGGGCAUGACGCUACAGGAGAACAUUACUAUGGUGGCAGAGAGAGGUGUCACCCAGGUACACAGCAUGCUGACCCUCCAGACUCUCAGCUCUCUGUCGGCCGUUCGCUGUGAAGCCACAAACUCGGUGGGCAGACAAGCGAAGGACCUGCGAGUCAUCUCCAGCUCUCUCCUGUCUCAGGUGGUGGUCUUAGCAGUAGUCCUGGUGUUGGUCAUCAUUGCUGUCAUCUUCCUCAUCAUCCUCAUCAUCUUAUGGAGGAAAAAACCUCAUUAUGAAGUUCGUUGGAAGGUGAUCGAGUCUGUGAGUCCUGAUGGACAGCAGUACACCUACCUCGACCCCGCCCAGCUGCCCUACAGCCCAACCUGGGAAAUAGACAGAGACCAUGUAGUUCUUGGACAGGUGCUGGGUUCAGGGGCUUUCGGACGUGUUGUUGAGGCAACCAUCUCUGGUCUGAUUAAUUCUCAUUCUACAAAGGCGGCCGUGAAGAUGGUCAAACCGAGAAGUGAUGCAGUUCAGUCUCUGAUGUCAGAGUUGAAGGUUUUGGUUCAUCUCGGUCCUCACCUGAAUGUUGUCAACCUGCUGGGAGCCUGCACGAGAGGAGGUCCCGUCUAUCUGAUCACUGAGUUCUGUUGUCAUGGAGACCUGGUGAACUACCUGCAGAGGAACAAACAUACCUUUCUACAUGGAGACACACAGACCAAGAGUGACAAUGAUGGAGGUUACAUAGACAUGAACAAAGAGGAGAACGCUCAGUACGUUGCCAUGAAGGAGCUCAGCUACGCCGACAUCGAACCCGCCGUAUACGAGACACCGUACACGCCUGCAGACCAGCAGGAGGCAUCAUCGCUGCUCCUCAGUGACAGUCCUCUCCUCAGCCUCAAUGAUCUCAUCAGCUUCUCUUACCAGAUUGUUCAGGCUAUGGACUUCCUAUCAUCUAGAAAGGUACUAACACUCAUAAACGCAAAUUGUUCAGUAUGUACCUGUCACAUGACCAUAGGUGAUGGGGCCUGA